AUGAGCCAGAAUCUGACGGAUGAAGACCAAAAGGAAUUGAGCACAUUCUUAGAUGCCGAACAGGCGAAGGCACGUGUCCAGUCGACGGUGCACGCAUUCACAGAGCGCUGCUGGGACCAGUGUGUGAAGUCAUCUAUCGGGUCCCACUUUGGUCGGGGUGAAGAAGCGUGUCUUAGCAACUGUGUGGAACGUUUCCUUGAUACGUCGCUAUUUAUUGUAUGUGUGAUAGAGAGACUUACAGCAGGUCAAAAAACUCGAGAGCCAGCGCGAUCUGAGCGCUUGAGCACACAUGGCCAGAAAAAAAGUGCGAGAUGCAUGUUUGACAUGAGUGCAACAAUGUGUAUGCAUGCUACAUAG